AUCACGUGGUUGAGUUUCCUGCCCGCCUGCCACCCGCCCGCUGGGUGUCUGAGACCCAGAGCCCAUAGUAGCCGGCGGGCUUACUCCAUGCUGUGCCCACCGGGCAGGACCGUGGAAACCGAGCCCCUGGAGGACAAAAGGCAGACUCCCGGUCAGGACGAGGCACCAUGCUGCGCCGCAAACCCUCCAACGCCAGUGAGAAGGAGCCCACCCAGAAGAAGAAGCUCUCGCUACAGCGAUCCAGCAGUUUCAAGGACUUUGCCAAGUCGAAGCCCAGCUCUCCCGUAGUGAGCGAGAAGGAAUUUAAUCUAGAGGACAAUAUCCCAGAGGAUGACACAGGAGGCCCCACCACAGAGGAUCCUGGGAAGAGUGCAAAGAAGCUAGGAAAGAAAUGGAGAUCGGUGAUUUCCCGUACCAUGAACAGGAAGAUGGGCAAGACGAUGGUGAAGGCCCUGUCAGAGGGGAUGGGAGAUACUCUGGAAGAAGGCUCGGCCUCCCCAACCUCCCCAGACUGCCUCCUGGAGGGCUUGGCUUCAGAUAAUAUACCUCUGGCCUUUACUGACCAGGAUGAUGAUGGACACCUGGUCCUCAGUCGCCAAACGUCCACUAGCAGUGAGCUGGGCAGCCCAGGCCCUGGCACCGUGGGCUGCGGGCAGACCAGCCUGAGGGUGGAGGAGCUGAUGGCCCCGAUGUACACAGGCCCCUUCUGUGGCAGGGCCCGGGUCCACACCGACUUCACUCCCAGUCCCUACGACAGGGACUCGCUGAAACUCCAGAAGGGAGAUGUGAUCCAGAUUGUGGAGAAGCCACCAGUGGGCACGUGGCUUGGGCUGCUUAAUGGCAAGCUGGGCUCCUUCAAGUUCAUCUAUGUGGACGUGCUGCCCGAGGAGGCCGUGGGGCCUGCCCGGAGAGGCCGCCAACGUCCGAGCAAGGGCAAGAGGCCGAAACCCAAGACCCUACACGAGCUGCUGGAGCGAAUUGGCCUGGAGGAGCACGCGUCUACCUUGUUACUCAAUGGUUACCAGACCCUGGAAGACUUCAAAGAGCUUCGGGAAACCCAUCUCAAUGAGCUGAAUAUCGUGGAUCCCCAGCACCGAGCCAAGCUGCUCACGGCAGCAGAGCUGCUCUUAGACUACGACACCGGCAGCGAGGCGGAAGAAGGCCCACAGACGAACGUGGAGCCGGCGCAGGAGCACACGACGACCUCCAAGGCUGAUAUUCCCCGAGACUCGGGCUGCUUCGAGGGUUCGGAAAGCGGGCGAGACGAGGGGGAGCUGGCCAGCGCCGAGGAGCAGCUGCGCGCACUGUCUCUGGAGGCGGGGGCGGGGCGGGGCGGAGCCGGAGCCUUGAGGGCCCGCCCGGGGGCCCCGCCCACGCCUCCCGGGGCCGCGGGCUCCCUCUGCGCCUGCGCGGCCCCGAGCACCUCCUCUGGGACUAGCUUCCCGGGACUCUCGUGCGAAAGGGACUCUGAGCCUUUGUACCGGCCCCUGGAAGGCAGGACGACACCGGCGCGGCCCGAACGGCCUGGAGCUGGCCGGCGGCUGACGGCAGACGCCCGCUCUGCGGGGAGCUGCCCCCCCCCCCCCCAGUCGCAGUGCCUUCGGGGAGCCGCGCGGGGUAUCGAGGCCGGCUCUGCCACCAACCUUCACCGCCCCGGGGCAAGGCCUUCCCGGUUUGCUCUGUCAAAGAAGGCCCCGGCUCAGGCGACCUCUGCUCUCGGAGGCCCCUUCCCGCCCAAGAGGCCCCCCGGAUUUCUCCCUGUUACCUGUAAACGCCGUUUCGGGCGCUCUGGCUUGCUGAAAAGGCCCACCAAGUUGCUCCUGCCUCCAUUCUUUUCUGCUUUCUUGGCCACCUCCGAAGGCCGAGGCUCCUUCCCCCCACCCCUGCGACGUCCCCUUCUGUAAGGCUUAGAAAUUUGCUGUCCCUUUCUUUCUUUGCCCUACAAGAACGUGAGCUUCCAGACAACGCCCUCCUCCUCUCUCACCUGGGAGUUAAGGGGAGGAAAAGGCAACUCUCUCAGGAUAGAGAGCAAGCCUAGGGGUUUCCCAUUCAGAAAGCCACAGGGGACGCUCCAAGCAAGUGGGGCACGGAACUUGCUUGCUGGAAGGCGGGGGAAGGAAUCCAUCCUGCUUCCGACUGGGAAAAGCUUCCAGACCAGCAGCACUCCACUCAAGGCAAACAGAGGCCUCCAGAGGAGCCCGUCCGCAGCAUCAGCCUGCUCCCUGGGUUCCCAGCGACACCCGGAUUUGGCCAAACUGGAUCCACCCCUCAACCUAAUCCUGGGGAUUUUAGUGAAAGCUGGCUUGGGGAGCGGGGAGGGAUGGGGCAGGUUUAGAUUGCAAUAAAGUAUGUGAAUAGAAACUUC